GCCGCCCGCCCCGCCCCUCUCCCUGUAUCCUCUGGCGCCCCAUCGGGCCAUGGUGCCGUCCGAGCUGGCCGCGCGCCUCAACUGCGCCGAGUACAAGAACUGGGUGAAGGCGGGCCACUGCCUGCUGCUGCUGCGCGGCUGCCUGCAGGGCUUCGUCGGCCGAGAGGUGCUCGCCUUCCACCGCGCGCUGCUCGCCGCCGCCCCCGGCCUGGGCCCCCAAGCCGCCUGCCGCAGCGGCUCGCGGUGCAGCCCGCGCGCCCGCCAGUUUCAGCCUCAGUGUCAGGUGUGCGCAGCGUGGAAACAGGAAAUUUUGAAACAUCAUACCAACAGAAAUGGAGACGUCUACUGGGGAAACUGCCGGCCGGGCCGCUGGCCCGUCGACGCCUGGGAGGUAGCCAAGGCCUUCAUGCCCCGAGGACUGGCAGACAAAACAGGCCCCGAGGAAUGUGAUGCAGUUGCUCUUCUAAGUCUCAUCAACUCCUGUGAUCACUUCAUGGUUGAUCGGAAGAAAGUCACAGAGGUGAUUAAGUGUCGUAAUGAGAUCAUGCACUCUUCAGAGAUGAAAGUGUCUUCUGUGUGGCUUCGAGAUUUUCAGAUGAAAAUCCGAAAUUUCCUGAAUGAAUUCACGAAUAUCCCAGAGAUUGUGGCCGUAUACUCCAGAAUAGAACAGCUGCUGACGUCUGACUGGGCUGUUCACAUUCCCGAGGAAGAUGAACGAGAUGGAUGUAACUAUGAAACAGGAGUUUACCUGAGUGAGAACCAAAUAAAUGAAAUAGAAAUGGAAUUACUAAAGGAAAAACUGCAAGAGAUGUAUCUUCAAGCAAAAGAACAAGAAGUGUUGCCUGAAGAGAUCUCAAAUCGACUGGAAGUGCUGAAAGAAUUUCUGAAAGACAAUGAGGAUCUUCGAAGUGGUCUUACGGAAGACAUGCAGAAGCUAGACAGCUUCCAUCUACAGCAUCAAAAACCGCAUUCAGAGGAGCCUGGGGCACAGACACCUGAAGGAAAAGCCUGAGGUUGCCCUUGGACAAAAACCAGGCAUGUUCUGUGAAAGUCAACAUGGCGUCCAUCUCAGCCAUCCUUUUCUGUACAAUGGGAAAAUCUUUUACGACAGUACUCCACCCAAACAAAAAGGAAUUUUUGUUGUCUUUUCCUGGACUUUCCUUUGACUCUUUGGGAGUAUUUUUUUAAUAUUCAUAAGCUUGAUAUUGUAUAAUCUAAACUGACUGAAAAAUAUUAGAUACUCUCUUGCCAAAGCUUGCUAUCACCCAGGGUGUGUGUUUUUGUUUGAGGGGUUUUUGUUUUGUUUUGUUUUGUUCACUAUUUAAAAGGUGAGAUUCUUUUCUGGUCCUAAACUCUAGCUAUUUAACAUAGUAAAGGCUGUGUUCAGCCAGGCCUGUGUGAAGGGUCACACGGUUUUCUACCCACUGGCACACAAGUCCUGUCCCCAGUCCCCCCCCACCCUUCCUAAAAGUCUUUUUCAUGAGGAUGCCCACAGGGUGGGCUGUGAUAUAAGUGUUGAGAUAGAAAUCCUUCCUUUUUGGAAGAAGGCAAGAAAAACAAUUGCCUAACAGGCCAUUUUCUAGCCAUUUCCAAUUACUACAGAACUGUUAGUACCCGGUGUCUCUGGUAUCUUGAGGCAGCAGGGCAAGGAGGUGGGCUCAGGCCGGUCAGUGGGGACUGGAGAACACAGUGACUUGACCCACCAAAGCUGGGGCAGGGCCCAGGCCAGCGUCACAAAUGGGUGUCGGGGAAAGCUCUGCACUGGCUAUCUUGUUUAUGGCACCGUUAGGAAAAGCCAACUCCCACGGCAGUCACAGCUCUUUCUGUUCUGAGCACAAGGCCUGGCCUCGUGUGCUCGAUGACUAUUUGUUGACUGAAGGUCAACCGAUAGCUUAGGAGUAUUCAGAGAUGUAAAUGUUAGUUAGACGAUUAACUAAGCCUGGGCCUUCAUUGUGACAUUUAAGAAGGAAAUUUCAACAUCCUUAUGGAAAUUGAGACAUCAUUUUCUUUCAACAAAUUCAUGAAUUCAUUCAUACUUCCUCUAUUCCUUUUACGCAAAAAGUCAUCCACUUCUGACUUUGUCCUGUUUGUUUCCUGGACUGCGAAACCACCGUCCUGUUGUAUGCAGUGGUCUGCGGGGUCAGCCUCACGCCUACCUUCCCCUACAUCUGCUCAUUUCAGAGCCCCCAGCACUUAACUGGGCCAUGUCGCCUAUGGACCUUCAGGGACAGAGUUGCCAUGUUCUUCACCACCUGGAGGAAGGACUUCAUUCCAAGCCCAAGUGAAGCCUUACUCCUUUGCUUACCCAGCUGCCCAUCAAGGAUGCGAUCAGUAGAGGAUGGGCAGAGGGUAGGUAUAUUUGGUAUAUUCUUGCAUUAAAAUGCAUGUAUGGUAAUUCAGUAAAACCUGGAUCAAUCCAGAUAUGCCUGUAACUUCCUGCUUUAAUCUUUCCUGUUACUAUUUAGUCUUUAAUCUUACAUUUUCUUCCUUCAUUUCAUGGAGUUCCUUUAGAAGACUUCAAUAGUAAAGUAAGGAUUUUCAUUCAUCUUGCAACUCCCCCCCAAACUAAGAAACUUAAUGAACUGUUUCCCAGCUUCUAGAUAGAAGAUACAAAACUUGGGAUCAAAUUAAAUCUUGAUUCUCUAACCACUUUAAGACCUAAUUUCUAACUUUAGGAACUUUGGGUUAUGAACACUUUUAUUUCACACCUCUCAUAUCUAGUUAGCUUUUCCUUAUCUAUCCAACAAACAUUUUUUGGCUAUGCCAGGCACUGAAGUAGAUGCAAAUGUGAGGAUUUGUGAGGUAUGGACAAUUGUAUACGAGCUAUCAUUUUACUGGAUUAACUGUCUGCUCUGAUAAAGAUAUUGUUCAGAAAACAUACUGUCAACAUUUAAUUACAUCCAAAGUGAAAUGAAGAAAGGAAGACAUGCCCAGAGCGGGCUUUAAAAGGAAAUGGAGCGUGUACAGGGACAUCAACCUGUGGGCCUCUGUUGCAGAUCUGUGCACGUAGUCUGUGCACGUGAGCGCAGGGCGUGCACAAAAGGGUGUUCGCGGCAGCAUUGGCGGCCAGCCAUCAAGAGAGGCCUGGUUACAUAAAUCACAGCACGUCCACGCUAGAGUAUUAUGCAAGUGUUAAAAAGAAUGAGGUAAUGCUGCAAUGCAGUAAUAUGAGUGGUCUCUAAGACAUAUUAAUAGAAAAGCAGAAUGUUUAACAAUGCAUAGCAUGCAGUGAAACUCUUUGUAUUUUCAAAUACUAGAGGUCUGGAAAGUUGUGUGCUUUUCCCAGGCUUUUUUACUGUGUUCCCUCUGUGAAAGGACUGGGGUUGAGGGAGGUGGGUGGAAGAAAUUCAGCUUUUCUAUUUUGUAUACUUGCGUAUGAAAUUUUUACAACAAACAUGCACUCAUGUAUUUUGAGAUUUUUUAAUUAAAAUUUUUAAUUUCAAAAUAAUAAAGAGACAUGAAUAAUAUAAGGUCAAA